AUGCAAGCUGCUCAAAAGCUCCAACUUCGGACUGUCCUUGGAUGCGGGCGAGAUAGACUAUCGAGCCGUCGAUUGCUCUCAACGUCACGACGCUUGUCACUAGCUCAGCUCGUGAACACUGGGAAUUAUAGGCCAGAUGCUCUGCAUCCACGAUCAAGACCGAGAGGCUCAGUGGUGGACGGCUACUUUCACCAACCCUGUUCCUGGAAGCAUACGGGAAAGGUGGUGAAUAAAGUUCAGACAGCACAUCCGAUCGAAAGACAGCCAUCAAGGGUUUCCGUCCCGGUAGAUGGCGAGUUGGCUGAAUUCUCGGCGGUACUACUGCGUGAUUCAUGUGCAUGCCCGCUAUGCGUGCACGAGUCCACCAAACAGAGACUAUUUUCUGUUGCCGACAUACCUGCUGAUACCCAUGCCAGAGCGGUUGAGGUUGAUUCUCCUUCGGACUCAGUGAGAAUCGCGUGGGAGAAGGAUGUCCCAGGAUACAAUAACGAGCACAUUACAACACUGAGUAUGGAAGCCGUGCGGAGUAUGGUGCAAUCCGGCCGGGCUCCGGGGUCUCAUACAGACUCCUUCCCGCCCCCAGUGCUGUGGAGCAAAGAGCCUCUCAAUCUGCCAGACUAUGACUAUGACACCUAUAUGAAGGACGAUAAAACGCUGUAUCAACUCAUCAGACAACUACGUACUGAGGGACUAGCUUUUGUUACUAAUGUCCCCGGUCUGACAGAAUCUCUCGCCACCAUCGCAACUCGGAUUGGACCGGUGAAGGAUACAUUUUAUGGCCACACUUGGGAUGUGCGGACUGUUCCGGCGGCGAUUAAUGCCGCUUACACUUCGCAUGAUUUGGGGUUCCACACGGACUUGCUCUACUUCCAGAAUCCACCGCAUGUCCAACUUCUUCACUGUAUCCAGUCUGCGUCUUCAGGAGGAGCUAGCGUGUUUGCUGAUGCGUUCAAGGCGGCGGUCGACUUGUUUCACACAGACAAAGACGCAUUCAAUACCCUUGCCACCGUCCCUGUGAACUACCACUAUAAUCAUCCGGAUUCGAAUGUGUAUCACACCACCAAGCCUGUCAUUGACCUGGGUCCCCUUCGUCUGAGUGAUACGGUAUAUACAAAUGCCAACGACUAUCUGGAGGCAAUGGAAAGCCGCCAGGGCGGGAGUUCGGGUUCUGAGAAGAAGGCCAUGCUGGUCCAAUGCCUGCAGAAGAUCAACUGGGGUCCUCCAUUUCUCGCACCCUUUUCCAACCACGAAGGUCCCACGAAUCAGCCUGCUCUUUCGGCGUUGAAUAGCAAAGUCGAUGAAUGGCAUGAAGCGGCCUCCAAAUUCAAUGCCCUGUUACACGCCCGGAGUAUCUAUGAGGGUGAGGAUAGCAGCCAAAUGAGCCAAUGGAUCAACACUGCAAGCACCUCGAAUGCUUCACGCGACGCACUUGAUGACUUGGCUGUUGACCCUAGUCUUGCCCGGCUUCCUACACCUCUUCAAACCACCGCCGUUGAUUCCAGCGUGCGUCCAGAUGCCAAUGAUACGUGGGACACAAGUGUCAACCCAGCCUCUGGCAUUCCAGGCUCACAGUAUAGAGUGAAUGCCACACGGAGCUCGAAGAUUUUGCAGGCUCCUGCCCAUCUACCAACGGAACUGAUUGAACAUUGGUUUUGUCAUGUUUGCCCCAUGUGGUCUACAUUUGACUCUGACACUAGUUACAAUCGCCAACUGGCUUGGAACUCAUGGAGCACAUCGAAGGCUGUUUUCUAUACAAUACAAGCGAUGUCUGCCGCCCGCCUUUCGGUCAGCACGCCACAGCUUCGGUACAUCGAGCGGUCGCUGAGGUCCCAGGCUGUCGUGGCCAUUGAUGAGGCGAUUUUUCUCCUGCGCAAUUCACAGUCACCAAAAGUGACACCUGAACUUGUCUACGCGGUUUUUAUAUUAGGCAAUUCGUGGAAUUGCACCACGUCGACCGUGUCAAACUAUCCAUGGCUGGAGUCUGCCCGCGAAUUACUUUCCAUAUGGGGAACACAACUAUCCUGCUCAGACACAGCAUUGCAUGCGUACUUUAGCCAAGCCUUGAGUUACUGGGAAAUGCUCCUGGCCGCAGCAGGGCGCGGUUCAGUCCCUUUGAAAUUGGAGAGCAAGAGGCGACAAUACCAUGUCAGGCUUUACCAAGGGCUGCAACUCUCAGGUUCCCACGCGAAUGCUGCUCCCUCCGAGGUAUUACCAGAUGGUCCAGAGCAAAGCCUCCUGGGGACCAGACCCAACUCAUGGUCCGGCAUUUCCAACGAGGUUAUUGAUGUUUUUGGUCAGGUUUUGGCGCUGUGUUAUAAUAUGAGUCGCCACAGCAAGAGCACAGGAAGCUUCACGACUGUCAUGGCGAGCGAAAUGCUCUGUGACUUGUCUAUAGCGCACGACUUACAAAGACAGCUAUUGGCUAUGGAUUUUGAGACCCUCGUUCUCAUGGACGAAACCCAAGGGUUUCCCGUCCAGACGGGGGACGACAAUACGCCUGUCGGUCAUCUGUUACAAACCGCAGAAGCAUAUCGACAAGCUGCCUUGUUACAAUUACACCUUGCGUUCAGUGAUCUUCCGAUGGUAUCACGAGCAGCGUAUCACGGCUCCGCAGGGACAUUACCUACCGACGGGACAGAAAGUACGGAUGAGAACCAGCAAUCUCGAACACCGUAUCUCCUGUCAUUGACCCUAGACCUUGUUACCCUACUCCAUCAAAUACCUCCACAAUCGGGCUCGAGGUCCAUCCAUCUGAUGUUAUAUCUUUCCGCAGCCACGGGCCUCAGAUUUGAAACUAUGUUGGAGCCGGGGCCUAUCCCAAACGCGGAUAGCGAUAGUCAAGGAGUGUAUCCAUCCUCUGACCCCCUGUUAGAUUUUUCCAUUCAGGAAACUAACUUGUGCUCGUCGGACUUAUUAAACUUGGAAUUUCCACCAACUAUUGAUCAGGAACUCGAUAUGAGAGAUACCACGGAUACAGUCAUCCCACGGUCUACUAUGGAGGUAUCCAGAUCAAGAGACCUUGUCUUAACGCGACUCAGUAGUCUCCAACAGACGCUACCGCAUAGACGAAUAGAGGAAACAGUACAGUUCGUGAAAGACAUAUGGAGGCAGUAUGAUAAUCAGGAGUCACAAUGCCUUAGUAUUGCCCAUUGGCUGCAUACUAUCGCGGAAAAAGGUUUAGUUGUAACGUUAUGGUAA